CUGGGCCUCCUCUCUCUCUCUCUCUCUUCUGCCUCUCAACAAACCUCUGGAAACAUGGUGUCUUGGAUGAUCUCCAGAAGCGUUGUGCUCGUCUUCGGGACCCUGUAUCCUGCAUACUAUUCCUACAAAGCAGUGAAAACCAAAAAUGUCAAGGAAUAUGUCCGCUGGAUGAUGUACUGGAUUGUGUUUGCUCUCUACACCGUAGUGGAGACCAUCACAGACCUCACUGUAGCCUGGUUCCCUCUGUACUAUGAGAUAAAGAUAGCUUUUGUUAUCUGGUUGCUGUCUCCCUACACCAGAGGAGCUAGUCUCAUCUACAGGAAGUGUCUCCAUCCUCUACUGUCCUCCAGAGAGAGGGAGAUAGACGAGUACAUUGUCCAGGCCAAGGAGCGAAGCUACGAGACCAUGGUGACCUUCGGCAAGCAGGGCCUCAGUAUAGCUGCUACUGCAGCUGUCUCCGCAGCUGUCAAGGGCCAGGGGGCGAUCACAGAGAAGCUGAGGAGCUUCAGUAUGCACGACCUGACUCAGAUACCCCUCGACGACGCAGCAGCCAAUCAGAUCUUUACAGCCCAUGCCGGCAACCCUGCCGCGAGCAGGAGGGCACUCGCCGCAAACUCGACCGACAGAACAGAGUACUAUGAGCAGGAGGACAGGACAGACGAGGAGGGGGAGCAACUUUUCUCAGAGGACGAGGCUGUCACCCAGAGAGGUCUGAGGAGGUCCCAGAGUGUCAAGAUUGUGCGCUCUAAAGCCCGUAAAGAUGCCCGUUAUGGAUCUCUGAAGAUCAAAGGGAAGCGGAGACCGGUUCUGACUGCUGCGACCUACAGUCCAAUGUAAUGAACACUCCAAGAGAAGUGACCGCUGACUGAAUACCAUGGAUGGGUUUUUCCCUUCUAUAGUGCACUACUGUUGACCAGAGCACUAUUGGGGCCCUGGCCAACAGUAGUGCACUAUUGGGGCCCUGGCCAAAACUAGUGCACUAUUGGGGCCCUGGCCAACAGUAGUGCACUAGAAAGGGAAUAGGCUUUUGGGACGGACCACGAAAUCGGUCAACAAUUCAGGAAGGGCUACAGACGGCUCAGACAUCCAUAUUAGUGACUGGCUACUGACAUGUUAGGCCAUCCGUUCUAUGGAGAACGAUGCUGUUGAACUGUUCUCCAGGUGUUUUUUUUAUAAACUGUCCUGGGGUCUGUUCUCUUCAUGCUGGGGAGCAUCUGUCCUUUUCUAAUGAACCAUUAACUCACUAUAUUUAUUACAUUAUUCUGACUCUCUCUGUGUGUGUGUGUUUGUGUUUAAAAGCAUCGUACAGCGGUAGCUGUAUAGAAAGAAUCUUAAGGUUUCCUGUCUUUUUUUAGUUAGUGUUUUUUGUUGCAUGGAUCUUAUUUUCUGGAAUAGUCGUUUUUAGGAUGUGUACUUUAUAUUAUCUUUACUUUUUUCUUUUUCUUUAAAGGGUUAUAUAAUUCAUUUAGCUUCAUUUUGUCAUAUAUGCUGCCUUGCAGAUGUUGUAUUUUGCGUUUUAGCCUAUUAAAUAGUCGAAUUACAUAAUUUUAGCAGUGAUCAUUCUGGCACACUUGAAAAGAUUGUUACAAAGUAACAGCCAACCAAAAGUGUCCCUUUAUUCCUUCAGGAGGAACAAACCAAGGGUGAGAGGAAGGGAACAGAGAAUCCUGUUAUUAGGUGUGUGUCCCAAAUGGCAUCAUUUCCUAUACAGUGCACUACUACCCUAUGGACCCUGGUCUAAAGUAGUGCACUACUACCCUAUGGGCCCUGGUCUAAAGUAGUGCACUACUACCCUAUGGGCCCUGGUCUAAAGUAGUGCACUACUACCCUAUGGGCCCUGGUCUAAAGUAGUGCACUACGUAGAGAAUAGGGGUGCCAUUAGGGAUGCAAACCCCAAUGUUGAGGUAUGGUUGUGUUGACCGUAACUGGCCUGUCCAGUUUGAAUGACGGCAUUUCCUGUUUUUUAGAUUUCAAACUAAGCUCUUUUUUUUUUUUUUUCUCCCAUAACCAAUCUUUUGCACAGUCUUCCAAAAACGAUGUCGUUUUGUAAUGCUUUGAUGUCAUCUCGGAAUGUAUCCUGCUGCACUCUGGGAUGCUUUUAACCACGUGGUGAAACGUAUUUAAUACCAAAGCUUUAUCUACUAAACCCGGUGACUUGGGUCUGAUUUCGUGUGGGAUUGUAUCAUAAGGGUGCUGUAAAGAAAUUUAUAAAUAAAAAAAAAUAAAAAGUC